AUGACAGUCACUGCUGAUGGGUUUUAUCCCUCGGUGACCCCUGAGUUCACCAGGGAGGCCGAGGCCUGGGCCCCGGGUAAGAAGUGCCCUAAAAUCUUCCCCCGGGCCUCCGCCUCCUCCUCCCCGGCGACCUGGUUCUUCCGCAGGGGGACUGUGGUCAAGCCGGCCUCGUCCAACCCCUCUGGCUCCUUUUCCUCAGCCGCUUUCCUGAGUGUGGGGGCCGAGAUCUCUAUCACCCCCGAGCCUGCCCAGCCAGCCGAGGGGGACAACGUCACACUGGCUGUCCACGGGCUUCUGGGGGAGCUGCUUGCCUACAACUGGUACGCGGGGCCCACUCUCAGCCUGACUUACCUGGUGGCCAGCUACAUCAUAAGCACGGGCGACGAGAUCCCCGGCCCGGCCCACACGGGGCGGGAGGCCGUGCGCCCCGACGGCGGCCUGGACAUCCAGGGCGUCCUGCCUGGGCACUCGGGCACCUACAUCCUGCAGACUCUCAACAGACAGCUGCAGACGGAGGUGGGCUACGGACACUUGCAGGUCUAUGAGAUCCUGGCCCAGCCUGUGGUCAUGGCCAACAACACGGCACUGGUGGAGCGCCGAGACACCCUGCACCUGAUGUGCAGCAGCCCCAGCCCCGCCGAGGUCCGCUGGUUCUUCAACGGCGAAGCCCUGCCCAUCGCCAUCCGCCUCGGCCAGUCCCCCGACGGCCGGGUGCUGACCCGGCAUGGCGUCCGCAGGGAGGAGGCUGGAGCCUACCAGUGCGAGGUCUGGAACCCGGUCAGUGUCAGCCGCAGCGAGCCCAUCAACCUGACCGUGUACUUUGGCCCGGAACGCGUGGCCAUCCUCCAGGACUCCACCACUCGCACGGGCUGUACCAUCAAGCUUGACUUCAACACGUCCCUCACCUUGUGGUGUGUGUCCCAGUCCUGCCCGGAGCCCGAGUACGUGUGGGUCUUCAACGGGCGGGCCCUCAAGAACAGGCGAGACCACCUCAACAUCAGCAGCAUGACCGCGGCCCAGGAGGGCACAUACACGUGUAUUGCUAAGAACCCCAAGACCCUGCUUUCCGGAUCUGCCUCAGUGGUGGUCAAGCUCUCUGCGGCAGCGGUUGUCAUGACAAUCGUGCCUGUGCCUACCAAGCCGACGGAGGGCCAGGACGUGACACUGACCGUCCAGGGCUACCCCAAGGACCUGCUGGUCUAUGCCUGGUACCGCGGGCCUGCCUCGGAGCCCAACAGGCUGCUCAGCCAACUGCCGUCGGGGAACUGGAUUGCAGGCCCCGCGCACACAGGCCGGGAAGCGGCCUUCGCCAACUGCUCGCUGCUGGUACAGAAGCUGAACCUCACGGAUGCCGGCCGCUACACGCUCAAGACCAUCACGUUGCAGGGCAAGACGGAGACGCUCGACGUGGAGCUGCAGGUGGCCCGUGAGUGCGCCAGAGGGGGCAGACAGUCAAUCUUUAAAGACAGAGGCUCCCAAAAGGGGACUUUGCCUCCUCCAUAGACCGGGAAACAGGUCAAGUCGAAAAUGCCUCCCCAUCAGGCUGGAAGAAGGGGCUUUGUCUCCUCCGUCUGACUGGGGGAUCUCCUAAUGGAGUUCUUUCCUCUUCUGUCCAACUGAUGACCUAGACUAGGGUAGACAGGCCUCCUGCGUCAGACUGAAGGCCACUACGGGGGGCUUCCCUGCCUUCUCUCUCAUAUGAGAGGUUCACCAGAAGGUUUUCAAAGAGGAGACAUAGUCUGAGGGUAGGACAUCCUUUUUCCCGGCAGAUGGGUAGACUCCAAACACAGGAGAUACUGCCUCUGCUACUAUAUUGGAGAAAUGGGCGAAUGAGGGGAGUUACCUCCCCAUCAGACUAGAUGUUUAGGAUGAGGGUAGAUCAUACCUCCCUCUUUGGACUGGGAAAUCCUCGACAAUUGGGAUUGUGUUUCAUCCUUUGCAUUACAGUAAGAGUGAGGACUGAAUUUCUACCAUCAGCAGGUGGAAUUUUUCUCUCAAAGUGAAAUCCUCCAUUAGGAUAGAGGCUUCUAGAUGGCGGGAAUUGUGUCUCCUCCCUCAGACUAGGAGUUUCCAGUGUUCAGGAACAAUGUCUCUCCCAUCAGCCUGCAAAUUCCCAGAUGUUGAAGGCCAUGUCUUGCCCAUCAGAGUAGGGACUCCCAGAGUCAGCAGCCAUGUCUCCUCCAUCAGACUGGGAGCUCUCAGAGGCAGGAAACAUGUCUCCUCCAUCAGACUGGGAGCUCCCAGAAUCAGGCACCAGGUCUCCUCUAUCAGACUGGAAGCUCCCAGAGUUAAAGUCCAUGUCUCCUCCAUCAGACUGGGAGCUCCCGGAGUCAGGGAUCUUGUCUCCUCCAUCAGACUGGGAGCUCCCAGAGUCAGGGACCAUGUCUCCUCCAUCAGACUGGGAGCUCCCAGAGUCAAGGACCAUGUCUCCUCCAUCAGACUGGGAGCUCCCAGAGUCAAGGACCAUGUCUCCUCUAUCAGACUGGGAGCUCCCAGAGUCAGGGACCAGGUCUCUGCCAUCAGACUGGGAGUUCCCAGAGUCAGGGGCCAGGUCUCCUCCAUCAGACUGGGAGCUCCCAGAGUUAGGGACCGUAUCUCCCACAUCAGACAAGGAGCUUCCAAAGUCAGGGACCAGGUCAACCCCCAUCAGACUAGGCAUCCCUGGAGGUCCAAGAGGCCAUGUCCCUGAGGCAGGUUUCAUCCCAUUAGACCAGGAGCUCUCAGACACUGGGAACUAGGUCACUUUCCAGUCUGGAGUCUCACCUCCCGCAUCAGACCAGGUACUUUUAGAAGCCCUGAGUCAGGGAUGGCAUCUCCCAGCUCAGACAGGAAGCUUCCAGGAUCAGGAAAUCAAUCACUGCCAGGUAUCCCCUAGACACCCUCCUUCAUCAAACCCUGGUCUCAGGUCAGUGCUGGAGACAGAAUGCUCUUCAAUGGCAGCCGGCCACCCCCCCCCCCAUGAAGGCCUGGGAUUCCUUUUCACCCUGUCUCUCUUCUCACAGUCAACCUCCCUCCCCUGCAUGAGGACCAACGCCACCUCCUGAACCUGAACCUGGCACAGGCUGAGCAUGGGGUGGGGGGGGGACAGUGGGAGGCUGGGAGUGGGCAAGGGAGCAGGAGGGGUGGGGACACUGGGACCUGGUCCUCUAACUCCCUGACAGCCUCUUCCACCCUUUUUCCCCAUCCCCCCCUCAGCCCUGGAGUAGCAGCACAGCUGUGGCCAUGGGGACCUCGGAGAGAAGAGCUCUUCAGACCCUCCAUGCCCCCCCAUCUCCUCCCCCUGGCUGGAGGACCACUUGCUCCCAGUGAGGAUGCCAGACUGACUGUGGUCGGCCGUUCUCCUGCUUCCACACUAGAGUUAGAACUGACAGGGCCCUACUCCUUCACUGAGUUGUUGGAGAGCCACAGAGGCCAUAAACGUCCUGGUGAACACAUGCAUGUGUCAGCCUCUCCUUCUAUGACCGCCAACCCUGCAAUUUCCUGGUGGCCACACUCACCUCCUUCCCUACCCGGGGUUAUUCUCAGUUUAGGGGCAUGCGUGACAGGGAUGCCUAAAUGACAAAGAGACAAAUCCCUCCCCAGGUUAUAUCUGAUGGUCCUUCUUCCCAGUGGGCCAAAGACUGCCCCUCCCUGGGACACCAAACAGAGCUGGGUUCUGUAGGACAUG